AUGCAAGUAGUUACCCAGUCAGUACCGGAUCAAGCAUACUAUAUAAUAUCCGGUAUCGUGGCAUUCUUACUCGCGAUUUCUAGUGUUAUUGGAGUGAACGCAUUGUACAAAGAUAAAGUUAUUGUGAUGCGUCGUUUAUCGAUCGUUUUCAUAAUUCUCACAGUAAUCAUGCUCAUCACAAGCCUCGUAAAUCUCUCGGUUGACAUUUCAACUCGAGAUCAAAUCGUAGAUAGCUGUUACAGUGCAGUAGAACAAUCACAAGAUGCCAAUACAAUCGAUUGUCGGUAUCUCGUGAAACUUUAUCUGAUUAGAGAAAGCAUAACCUUGUUCUUGCUUGGGAUAAUCCAGACUUACUUUGCUUAUGUCGUGCUCCGUCAUGCGCGUUCAAUGGGUGGUAAUUCUCAGUAUCCAUAUCCUCUCGCGAAUAAGGAAGGUGACGACCUUCCACCAACUUACUUUGUCUAUGCAUCGCAAGGCGUGCCAACCGCCGAUAACUGGGUACCACCUCCAACCUAUAAUGGAAAUCCUAAUAAUAUUCCAGUGACCUCGGAUGUUAAAUAUGCAGAGAAUGCUGCGAAUCAUGCUUAA